UUAUGACAGCUAAGUACUGUUGUAUUUGAAUUGGUUGAUAAGUUUGAAUUAGAUUGAAAUUAGUUCAAAGUUGAAACAACACAAACGAAAAGUUGAUUUAUUUGCGAAUCAUCGUAAACAAGCUGCAUAAACUCUCUAUGAGAAUUAAAUCGCUCGUACAACUUAACAUAUUUCUAUAAAAUGGAUUCAAAUGACUUAACACUAGAAUCUAAAUGUGAAAACCUCAUGAACAUAGUUGUGGAGUCACGAAAGCGAUUCGGCAAAGCUUGCGUCGACUAUGACAAGAAAACGUUGCUUACUGAAAACAAAUUACUGAAUUUACAAGUUUCGACCGUCUCAAACUAUCGUUUUAAACCAAAGAACAAUGUUCCGAGUGUUGAAGACGACGCCAGCAAGUCAUUAGAUGAUUUAUUUGUCGAGAUAACUGAAAAACAGAAGCGUAUUGAUGACGUGAAGAGAAAAUUGAAGAACACACAUGAAGUGAUCCUUCAGCUAGAGGCUGACGUAAUUGGGAAGAAGCUGCGAGCUCCUCUCACAGCAGACGCCAUGUUAGCACAGGCUAAAGCUAAAAUAGUGUAGUGCAUCGGUUAGACAACUGUUGUACUUGGAUUUUACUGUAAUAGACUGUUCAAGCUGCAAGCCAGCCUUUUGUUGAUGUUGCAAGAGAGUAAGAACAUAUAUUCAAUAGAAUAACACCAUGGAGACCGCACCCUAUCGAUAUUUAUGAAAAGUGAAAGUAAUAACCCUUUCAGUCCGCUUUUUAUGUAUACAGAGACAGAGUGAGCGAAAAGCGAUUCAUAUUUGAGAAAUCCUUUUUUCUGUUUGAUAUUCAUAGUUCAUAGUUUGUCUAUUGUCUGGAGUGAACAAUUGUCCUCCAUCAGUUGCUAUCAAGAGCUUGUUUCACAACUGUAGAAUUUAGAGGUGGACGAGCCCUUAUUAAUAAGUCCUGUGGCACAAUGUUGAAAGACCUAAUGUCGAAGACAAAGACCUCACAGUCUUCGUUUUCUCUUACUACAAUCAGUCUUUGCAGCUUAUUUGCAUUAGCUUACCAUGAUAUUAUAUAUUACAAGGUACUCAAAUUACUGUUAGUUUGGAAUAAAAGUUAAUCAAGUAAUCUGGUCCCAAUCUAGGCUGAGACUAGACUGGCAAACAGUCACCAAACAUUGAACUGCUUUUUUUUUAAGUACUUAAAUAUACAAAACUUGGUGUGUUGUUUAUACCAAUAAAGAAAAGAAUAUUUUUUA